CUUUCAGCUCUUGCCUGACUGACAGCAGCAGCGGGACAGCAGCAGCGGGACGGGACCGCCCGCCCACCGCUUCCCUGAGCUCCAUGGCGUGCACUUUCCGCUGGGUGCCGUACCGGUCCGACGCGCGCAUGGGUCUCAACCACCAGAUGUCCAGCCUCUCAUGCGCGAUGAACGAGGCGGCGGCGCUAGGAAGGAGUUUUGUGCUCCCGGCUGAAAUAUGCACCGCGGCGGGCCACAACAGCGGCGGCGCGUGCAUCCCCUUUGACGAGCUCUUCGACGUCGCGCUGCUGAGCAGCUUCGUGCCCGUCCGGCUCGCCAACGCGACGGGUGAUCCGGGUUCUGGUGUGACGCUGCGCGCCGGGUGCAACGCGGCGUGUGCGAGGGCCGAGUACCCCUGCUCUUCACACCCGAACCUGCAGCGGCGGCAGUCCGGCUUCUGGUACUCGGCCUGCCUGCGCAACACCGUCGACACGGAGCCGCUCGCCCGCAUCGCCCAGGCGCGGCUUGCGAUGCCAGCGCCCUACACGGGCGCCACGGCCCCGUCGCUCGCGCUGCUGCGCAGCGGCCUCUUCUACAGCGGUCCGAUCAAGGCGGCGGCGCGCGAGAUCCGGCGGCGCAUCGGCGGGCCGUACAGCGCGCUCCACCUGCGCCGCUCGGACAAGCUGGCCGAGUGCCACCCCGCGCCGCGGUGCGUCGCGCAGCGAAACGCGUCGACGCAGCCGCCGAGCGUGCUGCAGGCGAUGAGGCGCUUCGUGCCGCGAGGCGCCACGCUCUAUGUCGGCUCGACCGAGGCUGCGCCCUUCUUUUCUCCGCUCGCCGGCGUGUGGAACCUCCUCUUCGCCUCAAACUUCAGCGAGCCGCUGCGCGGCGUCUCGAACAACUACGCGCUCUACGCGAUCGAGUCGCUGCUCUUUGUCGGCGCAGACGUCUACAUGGAGACCUUUGGCUACACGCGAGGCAACUUCAUGCGCUCCUGCUACCCCUUCGGCAGCUCGGUCGCGGCGAGCGAGUUUGGCGUCAGCUACGGCGCCGCCUGCAGCUGGGAGUGCCACGAGGAGCUGCACCUGCUGCCUCCCCCGACGCACCGCUGCCGCCGCGAGCGCGACGCGCGGCGCUCGCCCGCCAGGACGGGAGCGGCCGCCCUCGCACACGGUCCCAGCGGUGGCGCGGCCGCGCCGACUGCUCGGCUUGCGCGGCGCGUCCGCGAGGGCCAGGGCGCGCCUCGCGUGCGGCGUGGCCGCGAAUCGGAGAAGAGUAGAGAGAUGAACGGAAGAGCUGCGCCCUGACGCCUCACGCCUCACGAGCGUUCCCCGUCGUCUCUUUCUCGUGCCCUUUAUUUUUUCAAAUAACAGUGGCAA